AUGCAGAGCUCCAGGACAUUCCUGUUCCAGAUGUGUUUGAGUCUGGUGGUUUCCACUGGCUCCUGCAGCUGUAAACCUCUCAGCAACGACAUUCAAAAAGAGGACCUGGAGGGAUACUACUCCCGGCUGUCAGAGCGGGACCUCCUCGAGGAGGAAGACACGGACUCACGGCUGGAGAGCCUCCUGGGAACCAUGAAGGAGGGCUUCCUGAGGCAACUCAACUUAUCAGAUGUUCCUCAGGAGCACAACAAGAUCUACCCACCUCAGUUCAUGAUAGAGCUCUACAACAAGUAUGCCUCCAACAGCACAGCAAGCCCACAGUCUGAUGUCAUACGAAGCUUCACGGUCCAAGAUAUAACUCACUCAGUGACAAAUGCCACCACAUCAUGGCACAGAUUACAGUUCAACAUCAGUGUGCCCACCCACGAGAGGAUCACCGCUGCUGAACUGCGGCUCUUCCUCCUGCCGGACGCCGGGUCAGGGGCGAUGUCCCACAAAACAACUGUCAAAGUCUACAAGGUGGAUUACAAUGAGCCCGAACCCACGACUCACCUGCUGGUUGAGAGGGAGGUGUUUGGGUCGCACGGUUUCUGGGAGACGUUCGAUGUGACCCGAGCUGUUCAGAGCUGGAUCAAAUCAGGCUGCGGAGAAAGUGGGUUUGAUGUAGAGGUGGAUAGGAAGGACUGUGGAUCUUUUGAAGGCGAUACAGGAUGUUUGCACCUGAGCGUGUCCGUUGGAGACAACACUUCGGCCGCACUGAUAGUCUUCUCAGAUGACCUGGGUAGCAGGAAGCGAGAGACAAAGAAGGAACUGAGAGAGAUGAUUCUCCACGAAGAGGAAACCAUCUUCAGCUCGGGCGCCAACUGGAACGGAGAAGACCAUCUUCCAAACGAAAUCCCUGAAGCCCUGCAUCCGAGGAGGAAGAAGAGGAAGGCAGAGAGGGAGUACUGCCGGCGGACGUCGCUCAAGGUCAACUUCAGAGACAUCGGCUGGGACAGCUGGAUUGUGGCGCCUCCUGAAUACGAUGCGUUUGAGUGUCGCGGCAUGUGUUACCACCCGUUGACGGACGAAUCGACCCCGUCCAAACACGCCCUCAUCCAGACGCUGAUGAACAUCAGGAAUCCCAAGAAGGCCAACAUGGCGUGCUGCGUCCCAAUCAAACUGGACCCCAUCACAGUCAUGUACCAGGAGAACGGUCGUCUCACCAUACGAUACCUGUAUGAGGAGAUGAAGGUGGCAGAAUGUGGAUGUAGGUAG